UAUAAAGUGUUAGUAAACAAUUCAUCAAUGUGCUGUUCAGAUUUGGUUCCUAAAUUUUAAUAAAAAAUUGCAAAUAAAACAAAUUAUUUAAUAAACUCCACGGUUCGCAGCAACUUUAUGGGGUGUUUGUUGCCACUGUCGUAAAUCAUUUAUAACCAACUAGCGAACUGUUAACUAACAUUGUUAUCGUCUAACACAGCAACUAUUUAUUGUGUUUUACAACUAGCGCGUCGAUUUUUUAAAAAAAUUUCAAUACCCAUUUAUUUAACUACUAUGUUUCCUUGUGCAAAUUUUUAGUUGUCGUUGAUCUGGGAACUGAAACGUUACUACUCUAUACGUGACUUUAUAAAAGUUAAAAUUUUUUCGUAUUUAUUAAAGUUUUUAUUUAAAGAAAAAUAGUUUUUAAUGUAAAUCCCUUAUAAUGCAGAGAACAAGUGUAAAUACUAGUACAUCAACGGAUAUUGAUGGAAAUUUGUACAAAGAAAAAUUGCCCAAUGUGGGCUCAGCCUUAAAAGUUGCUGCCAAGGAUUGCUGCUCAAUAUCGAGAAAAUUUCCCAUUAUCUCUUGGUUGCCAAAAUAUGAAAAAAGUUUUCUAUUAUCAGAUUUUAUAGCCGGUUUUACGGUUGGUCUUACCAUGAUACCUCAAGGCAUUGCCUAUGGUGUAGUGGCUGGUCUGGAACCACAAUAUGGUUUAUAUUCGGCUUUUAUGGGUUCUUUUAUGUACAUUAUAUUUGGUUCCUGUAAAGAUGUUACUAUAGCCACCACUGCAAUUAUGGCUUUAAUGGUCCAUCCCUACGCUUCCAUAAGUCCAGAAUAUGCUGCUAUGAUUGCCUUCUUCGCUGGUUGCAUUGUACUAGCAUUGGGUCUUUUAAAUCUGGGAGUGCUAGUAAGAUUUAUAUCAAUACCCGUUAUUAUAGGUUUUACCACUGCGGCCGCCAUAACAAUAGGUAGCGCACAAAUUAAUAACAUUUUCGGCAUAAAAGCUCCUUCAAAUGAUUUGAUACCAGCGUGGAAACAUUUCUUUACUCAUCUGAAUGACAUAGGCUGGAAUGAUGCUACAUUGGGUUUAGUUACCUUAGCCUUCCUGUUGGUUAUGAAGAAAGUCAAAGAUAUACCCUUUGGUAAUCGUACCUUUUGGAAAUAUGUUUCUUUGUCUCGCAAUUCAAUGGCUGUUAUAAUUGGUACUUUCUUGGCUUAUAUCUUAAGUCGUGAUGGUUCACAACCUUUUAGAGUAACCGGUAAUGUUACAGCCGGUUUGCCGCCAUUUAAGGUACCAUUAUCUGGUGCUAUUAUCAAUGGAACCGAAGUAACCUUAAAGGAAAUGAUGAAUACAGUGGGUGCUUCUUUUGCUUCCAUACCGUUGGUGUCUAUUUUGGAAGUGGUAGCUAUAGCUAAAGCAUUUUCUAAGGGCCGAAUUGUGGAUGCCUCACAGGAAAUGAUUGCUUUGGGUAUGUGUAAUAUAAUGGGUAGUUUUGUUUCUUCGAUGCCUGUCACAGGCUCAUUUACCCGAACUGCAGUUAAUAAUGCCAGUGGUGUAAAGACAACUUUGGGUGGUUUGGUAACUGGAGGUUUGGUAUUAAUGGCUUUAGCCUUUUUAACAAAAACCUUCUAUUAUAUACCUAAAGCUACUCUGUCGGCCAUUAUCAUCGCUGCUAUGAUAUCCCUGGUGGAAGUGGAGAAAAUACGUGAUACUUGGAGAUCAAAGAAGAAGGAUUUCGUACCAUUUUUGGUUACUCUAUUUGUUUGCCUAUUUUGGAGUUUGGAAUAUGGUAUCUUAUGUGGUAUUGCUGCCAAUCUUUCUUAUAUUCUAUAUAGUAGUGCUAGACCCCAGAUAUGGUUAUAUACCUAUAAGUUAUUGGACUAUGAAUUUGGUAUGGUUGAUGUUAAGCAAAAGCUGGACUUUGCCUCAGCCGAAUAUCUGAAGGAAAAUGUGGUCGAAUUUGUUAAUUUCCAUCAAAAAGAUGGUAUACGUUUGAUUGUAGUCAAUGGCCAGGAAAUUAACAGCAUUGAUUAUACAGUAGCGGCGAAUAUCGUUUCAUUACGAGAUGAUUUAAAAGUAUUAAACUGUGAUAUGAUCUGCUGGAAUUGGAAUAUAUCAUCAGCUGGUGUUGUUUGUCGUUUAAAUAAUAAAAUGCGUGAUAUGUUUAAGUUUCAGAAAACAUUAGAGGAAACUAUAGAGGAAUAUCUAAAUACCCAUUCCACAAAUGCCUCAGAGGCCACAUUGUAUUCGGUCACAUAAGUUCGAAAUAAAUGUGAGAGGAUAAACGUAUGAAUACGAAGAAACAACGUAUGAUGCAAUGACAAAACAAAUACGCCUUUAGUUAAUAUGUAAUAAACUCCUGCC